AUGUGCUUCACCCAGAAGACCAUCCACACACACACGCAAGCCCUGGCCACCGUACUCGGCUUCUGCCACCACUGCGAGGUGGUUUACAACGGUGUCGACGUUUCCACAGUCAGCGCCUCAAAAGUGCUCGAAAACUACUGGAAGUUCAAAGCCGUACAGAAAUGGCACCACCCUGUCGAUCCUCUCAUGGUCCCCGCCUCGGCGCUCACGCAAGCAAGCAUGAGACUCUGUCAAUCAUGGUACAGCUUCGCACGAACUGAAAAAGAAGUGACCAGAGAUAUGGUGAUGGCUGUUUCUGUGCAGUCAUUGGUUCAUGCCCUUGGUGAACCAGUCACACAUCCUUCCUGUGAUCUAUGCCGGACGAAGCAUCGCACGGAUAUCUGCCGGAUCGCAGUCGGUGGACAGAUGGCAACUGUAAGCUGGGCAGUACGACUCGCAAAUGCCGGGGACAUCUUCAAGUCUUAUGAAGUCUCUCGUGAGCUGAGCCAUACCAGCAACGUGGAAAACAUGAAUCGCGGUGAUUAUGGAGACGAAUCGAGGCUCUCUCCUGAUAUGGUCCGGAGUCCGAAGCUCACCUUCGCCUCGCCGGAGCUCCCUGCUGACAGCCCUCCGCCACGUCGCCUGAACAUCCAUGAGCGCCGUCAAAUUGAAUUCCAGGAACGUCAAAGAUUAUUCGCAGAGCUCGCAGCCAACCACGAAAAGGGUAUUCAAAGGCUCAAGGAACAAGCAGAGCUUGAGAUUCGAGCAGAAGAGGCGUUCAGAAAGACGCUAGCAGCCUCCAACGAUGCCACCGCCGCCAUCACUACUUGUACUUCACUUGCCUCAGCUGAUUCAUCUCGUCCACAUUCUCCGUCGGAUGACUACACGAGUGCCUUUGUGAGCUUUAGUGGUGUUAAUAUUGAGACGCUGUCGUUCGACGACGAUGGAUCUAGCGAGUGCGGGUCCAUCUCACGUCCUCUUCAUUACGAUGAUUCUACUUAUGCAGCUCUGUCAGGCGGUAUCGACAAUAUGCGAGAGGUACAUGAAUUCCCGGGACCACGUCAGGCCGCGAUAGUGAAGCCAGAGGACAGCGAAAACAUGCACUCAUGCUAUGGCGAGAUGGGCAGCAUUGAAGAAGAAGACUCAGACGACCCGGAAUACAAUUAUCGUCUUGCAUGUAAUCAAAGCGACAUAAUCGAUGAUCACUUGGAAUUCUACUUCAAGAAUGUCACUGGUGAAAACUGUUCGGCUUCAGACAGAAAUUGUUUUUCGGCCAGCAACCUGAAAUUGCCAGACAUCCCCCCACUGUCUCCUCUCCAACUUACCGGCCUCGACGUACCAAUUGAGACGGCGAAUCACUCUGAACCUCGACCUGGCUCUUCCACACCAUCUCAUACGACUGAACUCUCACGACGACAAGGUUCCAUGGAGAAUACGGGCCCGAGAACGGAGAGCGGCGAGGGUCAUAGAAUCGCCAGUCCCACUUCUCCCAAGUCAUUGACCGCAGCCCCAUUCUCAGGACCGGAGAUGCAUCUGAAAGCGCCACCACGCCGGCUACGUGGCCCGAUUUAUUGCCCAGAGCAUGCCAUUGAAAGCAACGCCGACUGUCACGGAUGCCAGGCGGGUCGUUGGGUUGAGGUUGGCUUGCCGCCGGGUGACCACGUCCAGGGGCCAGAGCCAAAGCCGAUUUGA